AUGGUCCGCGAGUUCGAAAUCCCACUCAGCGACGCCAACCUCGAAGACGCCCAAUUCCGGCUCGACAACGAGCGCAACGAGAACGGCCAGCCCAUCCCCCACCGCGAAUGGACCACGGGCAUCGACCGCGUCGGCUCGGCCGCGCGCAUGGCCGUCAAAGGCCGCAUGCCCCUCGUCGCGCACGGCUUCGACGCCCCCGGCAGCAAAACGCGAACCCCGCUCACGCUGGUGGUCCUUGAGUGGAGCACCGAGCGGCUGCGGCUCGACCGGCGGUUUCGCGAGGUCACGCUGGAGGUGUCGUUCGCGGCGCAUGGGAGCCGUCGUGAUGCGGAACCGGAGGCACGGCGUUUGAGGGAUAAGGGCGUCGGGCGCCAGUACUGGGACCCGGAGGUGCUUGCUGUUGCGCCUGAGGGUCUACUGGGAGCGUGGUGA